AUGCAGGUGAAGUGGCCGCUGUUGAAAAGAAAUUUAGGUAAAGUUAUGAGUAGAGUGACUGGUUGCAACGUUGGUAUGGGGCUUCCGCCUUUGAAGCUCGAUAAAGUCGAGCAGAAUAUCUGUCAACUGUUGAAUGACUUCACCCAGACGUACAAUGGCCGAAUUACAGGUAAUAGUGAGCCACUAGCACUGAGAAUUUCGGGAGGUUGGGUCCGUGACAAGAUUUUGGGUCGUGAUUCCCACGAUUUAGACAUCUCGAUCAACAUCAUGUCUGGAGAACAGUUUGCCCUGCAAUUGAGCCGGUUCGUAACUGAUAAUUUCAGUAAAUAUGGUAUUAAACCGCAUUCAAUCCAUAAGAUCGAUAUCAAUCCUGCAAAGUCCAAACAUUUGGAAACUGCUACGACCAAACUGUUCGGGGUCGAGGUUGAUUUUGUCAAUUUGAGAUCGGAAGAGUAUUCUAACCACUCCCGUAUACCUGUAACCAAGUUUGGCACCGCUGAGGAAGAUGCUUUGAGACGUGAUGCUACUUUGAAUGCUCUUUUCUACAACAUUCAGGAAAACAAAGUGGAAGAUUUUACGAAGAUGGGUUUACGAGAUUUGAAAAAUGGUAUUUUAAGAACUCCGCUACCUCCAAGACAAACCUUUCUUGAUGAUCCAUUACGUGUCUUGAGACUGAUUAGGUUUGCAUCAAGAUAUAGCUUUCGAAUUGAUGAUGAAGUCCUGAAUGAGAUGCGCGACCCCGAGAUCAAUGCUGCCUUCAGCACCAAAGUCUCUAAUGAGAGAAUAGGAACCGAAGUCGAGAAGAUUUUGGAUGGUUCUAACCCACUUCUCGGGUUGGCUUUGAUUCAAAAGACCAAAAUUGAAAAUAUUGUGUUUACUUGGCAUUACGAUGCAGAUCUCAUCGCCUUUAAUAAGCAGCAUUGCAAAGAUCUCCCAAGAAUUGACAGCAUCCUCAAUGAUGGGAUCUUGAAUACACACCUGUUUGAAGUGGUCAAUAAGUUUCAACAUUUUGUUGAAAAUAUACCUCACUUGACGAAAUGUCUAAAUGGAUCCCUAGAGUUCAGGAGAGCUUUUAUUCUAAGUGCAUGCUUAAGUCCAAUGGAAGGUUUGAAAAUUAUUUGGUCAGCAAAAAAGAAGAUGAACAAUACAAUGCCCGUGGUGGAAAGCAUUUUGAAAGAUGGACUAAAAACCGGAAAGAGCGAAGCUUGUCAAAUUGCAAGAGUCGUUGAUUCUCUCACAUCAUAUGACGAGAUGAUCACAUCCUUUUCACGACCAGGCCAACAGCCGCAAAGAUCUCAAAUUGGUACUUUCUUGAGGGAUUUGAAAGGUGAUUGGGAGAUCGCUCAUUUCACAUCACUCUUCAAUAAGGUCAUUAAGAUAACUGAACAAGAUCAGUUGAGUCAAUAUGCCAAAAACUAUGCAUCAUUUCAUGAUUAUGUGUACGGAGAACAACUCGAAAGAUGUCAUGAUUUGAGACCUCUAAUAAAUGGUAAGGAAAUGGUCAAAUUGUUGAACAUGAAGGGCGGUCCAUGGUUGGGUAAAAUAAAUGAUAGAGCUAUCCUAUGGCAAUUAGACAAUCCACAAGGCACCCGUGAAGCAUUACUUGAGCAUUUAAAGGCUAUUCUACCUGAAUAUGUAUCAAAUUAA